UGUAUAUUAUAAUUCUCUAUAUUCUUAUUCUUAAAUACGGACGGUAUAAAAACCGGAAAUUACGUGUGCGUCUCUAUCAACGCGAGAUUAGAACAAUAAGCGAAAUUCUGUGAGCGCUCAGUUCUUCUCAUUCAUCGUUGAGACUGGUUUUACUAUGGCAACAACAGAAGUACGGCUUAAUCAUACUAUUUACAUCAACAACCUUAACGAAAAAAUCAAGAAAGAUGAGUUGAAGAAGUCCUUGUACGCCAUUUUCUCACAGUUUGGACAAAUCUUGGACAUCUUGGUCGCACGAAAUCUGAAGAUGAAGGGUCAGGCUUUUGUUAUCUUCAAAGAGAUAAACAGUGCCUCCAAUGCUCUGAGAUCCAUGCAGGGCUUCCCUUUUUAUGACAAACCUAUGCGGAUCCAGUAUGCCAAGCAGGACUCAGACAUCAUAGCUAAAAUGAAGGGGACAUUUGUAGAGCGUGACCGAAAAAAAGAAAAAAAGAAGCCCAAAGGACCAGAUGCAGCUGGAGCCAAGAAAGGUGUACCAGGAGCUGCUGCACCUAUGGUGGCUGGAGUGCCUGCUGCAAUGCCUGGUAUGCCUCCUAUGAGUCAGGCUCCUCGUAUGAUGCACAUGCCGGGUCAGCCACCCUAUAUGCCCCCUCCAGGCAUGAUGCCCCCGCCUGGGAUGGCACCUGGUCAGAUGCCCCCUGGUGCCAUGCCUCCAGGUCAAAUGAUGCCAGGACAGAUGCCCGGACAAAUGCCUCAGCAGGUAUUGUGUCCAGAAAAUCCACCAAAUCACAUCCUGUUCCUCACCAACCUCCCAGAAGAAACAAACGAACUCAUGCUCUCCAUGCUCUUCAACCAGUUCCCAGGAUAGGAGGUACGUCUGGUCCCAGGUCGCCACGAUAUCGCCUUUGUGGAGUUUGAGAAUGAAGUGCAGGCUGGUGCUGCACGAGAGGCACUGCAAGGCUUUAAGAUUACACAAACAAAUGCCAUGAAGAUCUCAUUUGCCAAGAAAUAAUGCCUAUUCAGACCCAUUUUCUCUUAAAUGCCACAGCAUUUUUUUUUUUUUUUUAAUAAAUCUACUACAGUGACACAAACUGUCACAAAAAAACAUUUUUAGCAGUGAACAUUUCUCAAUGGGUGGCGUAAUAUUUUUCCGUUCUGAUUACAUGUAAGUAUACAGCUUUUUACAUGUAAGUAUUGUUUUUUUUAUCUUCAAGUUGCUGUAUUUUGUCAUAUCACACUGUUAAGUUUAGUUAUCUAGAUUAACUGUAAUGUGAAUAUGGAGGUUGGGUUGUUUGUGUUCAGAUGGAAAAGACUAUUGUGAAAUGUGGUGAGGUUAUGGUUGGCUUCCUUUUCUGGAUUAACACAGGAUUCUGACAGCAACUUGAUGUUUUUGUUGUUUGUGUUUUUUUUUCUUCACCUUAAAGCAUUGCACCCAGGGUCUGUCCUACCAGACAUUGUAUCUGGAGCUUUUCCUUUUAUAUUAAAAAAAAAAAAUAAAUUUUUUG